UUCUCCUGUCUUUCUUGCUGCCGCUUCCGGGUUCUAAUCGGACUUCCAAAACCCGAUCCAAAUAAAUUGUAUAUCCAAAUCGAUGCACGUUAUUAUUAAUUUAUUCUUGCUCACUUGUUAAAAACUCGAUUUCUUUAUAAAAUCACGAAAACCCUAGUUAGCUGGUGGAGCUUCGAUCCCGCCACCAUGGGAGAUUACAACGAUGCCUUCAUGCGCAACCCGAACGCCGCCGUUCGUGGCAGCGCUAAAGGACAGAAUCGUGCCAACGUUCUCCAGCUCAAACUGAUUGGGCAAAGCCACCCCACGGGUUUAACAGCAAAUCUUUUGAAGCUCUUUGAGCCUCGACCUCCUCUGGAAUUUAAACCCCCACCAGAGAAGAGAAAAUGCCCGCCAUAUUUAGGUAUGGCUCAGUUUGUGAGUCACUUUGCAGAGCCUGGAGAUCCGGAGUAUGCUCCUCCUAUCAAGGAAGCUGAAACUCCUGCAGAAAGAAAGGCUAGGAUUCAUGCAGCACGACUAGAAAAGGGUGCAGAAAAGGCUGCCGAGGAGCUCCAAAAAUAUGAUCCUACUAACGAUCCAAAUGUGUCGGGUGAUCCAUACAAGACAUUGUUCGUUGCUAGGCUUAAUUAUGAGACUACUGAGAGUAGAAUUAAAAGGGAGUUUGAAUCUUAUGGACCAAUAAAACGGGUUCGCAUGGUAGCUGAUAAAGUGACAAAUAAACCUAGAGGAUAUGCUUUCAUUGAAUACAUGCAUACACGAGACAUGAAAGCUGCCUAUAAGCAAGCUGAUGGGCGGAAGCUUGAUGGAAGAAGGGUACUAGUUGAUGUUGAACGAGGUAGGACUGUCCCAAAUUGGCGACCUCGCAGACUUGGCGGUGGACUUGGAACUACCAGAGUUGGGGGUGAAGAAGUUAAUCAGAAGCAUUCUGGGAGAGAGGUUCAGCAAUCAGGAGGAUCUUCUCGGUCUGAGGAGCCAAGGACACGAGAAGACCGGCAAACUGAACGGGACAGGGAAGUGUCUCGUGAGAGGGGAAGGGACAAGGAAAGAGAUAGGGAGAAGUCACGUGAGCGCUCCCAUGACAAGCCACGGGAUCGUGACCACAGAGAAGAUAGGCAUCAUAGAGAUCGUGAAAGAGAGAGAGACCGAGACAAGGAGAGAGAACGAGGCCGUGAUCGUGACCGUGAUAGGACACGUGAUCGAGGUCGGGACCGUGGCCGUGACUAUGAGCGUGAUCGAGAGAGAGACCGUGGUCGGGAUCGUGAUCGCACUCGGGACAGGGAGAGGGAUUAUGAAGUCAGUGACCAUGACCGUGGGCGCUCCCAUGAUAGGGAUGAGUCAAAACAUGAGAGGGAUAGACUUGGUGAAAGGGACUAUGAUCAUGCUGAGCCAGAGGAUGAUCGUGGCUGGUAUGAACAUCCUGAGCAGGGGCAAAGGCUGCCAGAUGCAGAAAAUGACCCGCGUUAUGAUCACUAUGAGCAUCAUAGAAGCAGGGGACAGUAUGAUCCCAUGGAUGUUCAAGGUGACCAUGACCGCUAUGAUCAAUAUCCAGACCGUGAUCGGUAUGAUCAAAUGGAGGAUGAUGAUUACCACUAUGAUCGCGGAACAUCCGAGUCACGUGAAAAGGAGCGUGAAUAUAGAAGAUCAGAGAGGUCGGUUUCCCGGGAUUAUGACAACUGAGAAUGUGGUCUGGCUGAAUGUCUGUCAUGCCCUUACUGGGGGAGGUUUCAUCAAGGUCUCUAGAAACCUUUCUAUCUCACAAACUGAAGUCGUUUGUUUUCUCCCUUAUUUGGUUUUAACUGUAUGAGUGUGUUUGUUCGACUUUCUCAGUAUUUUCCCUGCCUCUGCUAUCUGGUAUCGCUGAUGGAUUUGCAUUGUCAUGUGCUAGUUUUUGGACAGAAGUAACUUUCCUGUUUGGUUAGUUUUGUGCCUGCAUCUGAAAUGAAUCAAGGAUAUCUGCACUUGUUUUAA